UCCUCCUCCCUUGCGCAAUGCUCAAGUCUCCCAUGAUAUUGCGAUAUUCAUAUUCCAUCCCCUGUUAAGUGCACCCGCUAGUGAGAACAUGUCCGAUACCGAGAAAAAGACGGAAGAUGGGCCACAAAUGUUGGAGGAGUUGCGGCAUACAUCUACGAUCGACACGGUACAUCAAGAUGAGGCUCUGAAGGUCAUGCAGAAUUACGAUGGUGAUCGUGAAUGGACCCCCCAAGAAGAGAAGCGACUCACGCGAAGAAUUGAUCGAAAACUCAUUUCUCUUCUCACCAUUACAUACGGUCUUCAGUAUUAUGACAAAGCUAUGCUUAGUCAAGCAGCACUUUUUGGACUGCGCGAAGAUCUUGAGCUGAAUGUGGGCAACCGAUACUCAUUCUCCGCUAGUAUAUUCUACUUGGGCUUCAUUGUCGGAUCAUAUCCUGCUGUGCUUAUGGCUCAGCGCUGGCCCAUCGAACGAGUGGCAGCCUGUAUCGUCGCUAUAUGGGGGGUGUGCUUGAUGUGCUCAGCUGCGUGUCACAAUUGGCAAGGUUUCUAUGCACAACGCUUCUUUCUUGGCUUCUUAGAGUCAGGCAUAAGCCCUAUGUUCAUGCUCGUUGUGGGUGGCUGGUACAAGAAGCGUGAGCAGGCACUCCGAAUGGGUAUCUGGUAUUCUGCCACCGGAUAUGUGUCUGCGAUUGCCCCCUUGAUAAACUAUGGCCUAGGUCACAUCUCUGGCGGCGGCCUCAACAGCUGGCAGUACAUGUAUCUGGUCGCUGGCAUCAUUACAAUUCUAUGGGCGCUGGUCAUAUUGUUCUUCAUGCCUCCGGAUCCCAUCCGAGCAAAAGGGUUCAAUAGCCGUGAACGUUACAUCGCUGUUGCUCGGAUGCGAGAAAACAACUCCGGUGUCCGCAAUACCCACUUCAAGGCGGAACAGGUUUGGGAGUCGUUGUUCGACAUCAAGUUCUGGCUUAUAUUUGCGACGGCUUUCUUGAUGAUGAUUGCAAACGGACCAGUAUCCUCCUUCAUCCCCAUCAUCAUCUCCGGGUUUGGUUUCAAUCGCCUCAAUUCCCUGCUCCUCACUCUCCCUGCCGGAGUUGUCAUAGGGUCGAUCGAACUAGCCGCGCCGUAUCUUGCCUUUCGCAUACCAAACAUAAGGACUUGGGUUGUUGCGGUCUGUCAGCUUGGGACAAUUACUGCUUCUAUCUUGCUUUGGCAACUUCCACGGGAGUCAAAAGGCGGCUUAUUAUUCGGAUGCUACAUUCUCGCUUCAUUCGGUGGCGGCUAUGCUGUUCUGAUGGGUCUUCAAAUUGCGAACACCGCGGGCUAUACCAAGCGAUCAGUGACCUCUUCAGGGAUAUUUGUAGGCUAUUGUUUGGGCAACUUCGUCGGCCCACUUCUGUUCAAGCCCGAGGAUGCCCCUGUUUACGCCCCAGGGUUCAUUGCAGUGCUGAUCACCGCGAUCAUCGCGGCGCUGCUUUCAGUUGUAUACCGCUAUGUGUGCAUCUGGGACAACCGCAAACGUGAUCGAACUGGCACUAUGGAGGGUUUUGAGAAUGCCUACGACGACGAUCUUACGGACAGAAAGAAUCCACAAUUCCGGUAUACCUUGUAA